UGGUGGAAGAUUCCUCCGCCACUUGCGAGGCAGCCUCGCUCCAGCGGCGGAAGGCCACCCGCUCGUCUCCACCGGCCGCCUUUUGUUCGCUGUGUCCCGGGAGAAAAGCACCGCCGCCGCGUCCACGUACAGCGCACACUGGCUGGAAAAUGAUCAUCUGUGCGAAUAAGAUGGAGUACCCGCUCAGAAGCCAAUGCCAGGCCAUGGUGAACAGCGAGAAGGAGCGAGUGUCGCUGCUCUUGGUGAAGGCGCUGAUGGGCCGAGGCAGCGUGGACGCCGUCUCCCAGCAGAUGGCCUCUCACCCGCAGUACUUGGAGAGUUUCCUGCGCGCGCAGCACUACAUCCUGCACAUGGACGGCCCCCUGCCGCUGCCCUGCCGCCAUUACAUCGCCAUCAUGGCGGCCGCGCGACAUCACUGCAACUAUCUGGUGUACCUGCACUCGGCCCAGUUUCUGAGGCUGGGCGGGGACCCCGUUUGGCUGCAGGGCUUGGAGGCGGCCCCCCCACGCCUGCGCCUGCUGGACCACAUCAACAAAGUCCUGGCCCACCAGCCCUGGCUCACCGCCUGCUCCCACAUCAAGACGCUGCUGAAGUCGGGCGAGCCGUGCUGGUCGCUGGCGGAGCUGGUGCAGGCGGUAGUCAUCCUGGCACACUGCCACUCGCUAUGCAGCUUCGUCUUCGGCUGCAACGCCGACUCCGACUUGGCGCCACUCGGCAAAUCUCCCAACGGUACACCGCCCACCUUCUGCCCCUUUGACGCUGCUAACGGCAACCCCGGCGUGCCUCAGUCGGAGCGCAGAACACGACCACGGGUAAAGAAAUGUUCUUUGUCUGAGGACUCCAGCGGUGAUGUGGUCUGUCUGAAGUCCAGGCUCCACAGGUCCCAAGAGGAGCGAGACAAGAUGCACACACUCCAGCAAAGUGACGUGGAAGAGGAGGAGGAGAUGAUCUACUUGGCUGACCCCUCACGCUUCAUCACAGAUCCUGACUUCUAUUACCAGGAGUUCACCCGCAGGGACGACGACCACUUCCAAGUAUUUCGAGUUCAGGACUACUCCUGGGAAGACCACGGCUUCUCCUUAGUCAACAGGCUGUACUCGGACAUCGGCCACCUGCUGGACGAGCGCUUCAGGAGUGUCAGCGCCCUGUCCUCGCAGCACAGCCCCGACCUGAAGAGAGCCAUCUGGAACUACAUCCACUGUGUGCUGGGAAUACGGUAUGACGACUACGACUACGGGGAAGUCAACCAGCUGCUGCAGAGGGACUUGAAGCCCUACAUCAAGGCACUGGCCUGCUUCCCAGACCCCACCAAGACCUCUGCCUGUCCACUCAGCUGGGUCCCACUUAAACCCUCAGAGCGGAUCCACGUCAACCUGCUGGUCAUGGAGGCGCGCCUGCAGGCGGAGCUGCUCUACGCCCUGAGAGCCAUCACCCAGUACAUGAUCGCCUGACAUCACCCAGUACAUGAUCGCCUGACAUCACCCAGUACAUGAUCGCCUGACAUCACCCAGUACAUGAUCGCCUGACAUCACCCAGUACAUGAUCGCCUGACAUCACCCAGUACAUGAUCGCCUGACAUCACCCAGUACAUGAUCGCCUGACACCACCCAGUACAUGAUCGCCUGACACCACCCAGUACAUGAUCGCCUGACACCACCCAGUACAUGAUCGCCUGACACCACCCAGUACAUGAUCGCCUGACACCACCCAGUACAUGAUCGACUGACACCACCCAGUACAUGAUCGACUGACACCACCCAGUACAUGAUCGCCUGACACCACCCAGUACAUGAUCGCCUGACACCACCCAGUACAUCAUCGCCUGACACCACCCAGUACAUCAUCGCCUGACACCACCCAGUACAUGAUCGACUGACACCACCCAGUACAUGAUCGACUGACACCACCCAGUACAUGAUCGACUGACACCAUCCAGUACAUGAUCGCCUGACAUCACCCAGUAAAUGAUCGACUGACACCACCCAGUCCCAGUACAUGAUCGACUGCCACCACCCAGUACAUGAUCGACUGACAUCACCCAGUACAUGAUCGACUGACAUCACCCAGUACAUGAUCAACUGACACCACCCAGUCCCAGUACAUGAUCGACUGACACCACCCAGACCCAGUACAUGACAUCACCCAGUACAUGACAUCAUCCAUUACAUGAUCGACUGACACCACCCAGUACAUGAUCGACUGACAUCACCCAGUACAUGAUCGACUGACAUCACCCAGUACAUGAUCGACUGACACCACCCAUUACAUGACAUCGUCCAGUACAUGAUCGCCUGACAUCACCCAGUACAUGACAUCACUCAGUACAUGACAUCAUCCAGUACAUGACAUCAUCCAGUACAUGACAUCACCCAGCACAUGACAUCACCCAGUACAUGAUCGACUGACCACUCUGCUAAUUUCUGCCCCUAGUGGCCAGCGCUGCACACCACAUCCUGCUGACUUUCUUUUAAGAGUACUUUUCUUUUUUUAAGUAACAUUUCUCACGUUUGUCCCUGGUGAUAUUUAUGCCGGAGCGUGCCACACACACACACACACACACGUACGAGCGUACUUGACGGACAGGUGCAAUGAACUCUUGUCGGUACGAGCUUGCAUGAAGUUGUUGGACGCCAUGAAUGUUCUCCAGAGGACAAUCCUCGUCAGUGUUGUCGUACUUUGAAGGACCCUUUUGGGAUCUCCUGGCUUAACAAAACAACAGAAAACAAAAACAAAAAAAAGUAAUAACCUUAAUUUCUUUUAAAUAAGCACUUUUUAAAAAAAAAAUGUUGUCUAUAUUUAUAUGAUGCAAGGAAGUUUGUGAGUAGAAUUUUCUGUGUCUGCGUGUUGCCUUUUAUUUUAUUUUAUUUUUUAGGAUGUGGUCUUCAACUCUGAAUGUCCCGACUGAAAGCGAGAAAAGAAUGUAUCAAGGCGGGGGCGUCCAAACUUUUUUUUUUUUUAAGAAAACCCGAAAGGAUGCACUUAGAAACUUUGUGUGCGUGCAAGAAUCCAAUCUAGGUCAAAAUAUGCUAAUUAAGCUACCGGAACAAAACAUCGUAGCUUUCUUUUCACUCGUGCUAUCUAAUAAUAAAUGUAUUAAUGCGGUCAUCACUUUCACUUUCACUUAGACAAGAAGGUGCAGCUGAGCCAUGGACAAGAUGAUUGUCUUCUUUGUUGUCAUGACGACUGAUCAAAUCGGACUUCCGGAAGUGCUCGCCAAUCGCUUGUAUCAAAGUUGUCAAAAAGCAGAACUCUGUGCAAACUUUAUUGUUAUUUUUACCUUUUGUUAUUCUCCAAUGGACUCUUUUUGUACACUUGUUAACGAAGACGUGCGGGGGGGACGACGUUGAAGCGGAAGUGCAUAUCUACAAAAUAAAAGCCUUCAGACUGAAA